ACAAGGCAUCAUGAAGGCUCUGACUCUCCUCUCCAUCUGUGCUCUCCUGUCCCUGUCCUGGUCCAUGGGAGCUGUUGAGCCAGAGGUUGUCGUGGACCCCGCUGCCGACACAGCCGAUGAAGCUGCACCUGCUGCUGACCCUGUGGCUGCUGACCCCCCAGCUGCCGCCCCCGAUUCAUCCUCCUCAUCGGAGUCUUCCUCCUCCUCUGAGUCUGAUUCGACCUCAUCCUCUGAAUCUGACUCCAACUCUUCCUCAGACUCUUCAGCAUCUGAUUCUAACUCCAGCUCCUCUUCCUCUGAAUCUUCUUCCUCUGAGUCAGACUCCGCCAACUCUGACUCUUCCUCUUCUUCUUCUUCUUCUUCAUCCUCCGAGUCUUCAUCGGAGUCAGCCAGUGCUGAGGCGGCUCAGGUGGUUAUGAAGAGAGACCUGGCUGCGGUUCUCCUGAGGAGAAGAAGAGCUGCCCCAUCAGGAGACCUCACCCCUCUGCAGCUGGAAAGCCUGAGAGAGGUGUGCGAGGUGAACGUCGCCUGUGACGAGAUGGCUGACACUCAAGGCAUCGUUGCCGCAUAUAACGCCUACUAUGGACCUGUCCCUUUCUAGGUUACAGACUCAUUCACAUGGGAACUGUUUUCUCUGUCAUUUUUGUAAUAGAACGGCGCAACAACUCCCCU